AUGAAGGACAUAAUGGAAACGAAAGACACAAUUCCUGAUCAUCGGGAGGAAUUAAAGAAGAAUCAUAAUAAAAAUGAUGUCGUUGCACGAUGGCUAUUUCCGGUUCAUGGGAAAUUAUUUGAUAUUGAACUUGAGCAUGGAACAAUAAGCGGAAAGCGUGUAAUUUGGGUCAACGGUGAGGAAAUUCUAAGACGGGAUAUUAUGUAUCGGCUUGUAGGCGAAGAUGUCUUUUUUGUUGAAGAUAAACGUUGCAUCAUUCACAUAUUUCCGUCAAGUGGAUUCAAAUAUACUUAUAAACUCUUUAUCGAUGGCAUCGAGUGCGAAAUUUACAAUCAGGCACAGUCAAAGAUCCUUAAAACGUGGGAAAUAAAAAUUAAUGACAAAAAUUAUCGCGUUGUGCUUGAAAAAGACACAUUAAAUAUUUACCUUAAUGGAAUACUGAGAGAAGAAAGACCGGAAUUUUGUGAUGGUGGAACUGACACACAUUUUGUGGAGGACGGACAUAAAUUUAUUAUGAGUGCUAGAAGUGGCGAUCAAAAUGAGCCCAUACGAUACAGCCUAAAAGUUAAUGGAAAUGUUCAUGAAAUAUAA